AUGAAGAAUAUAAAUUCACCAUUGAGUUGUUGUAUAUUACCGGAUCAGAAUAUGAAUCCAGUAUUUAAACAACAAUAUGUAACUGAAGGUGGGAAAAUGAAGAUGACAGUACCAUUAUCACCAAUGCAUUACAUUACAAAUGCGAAAAUUUAUACCUACGAUGAUAGAUUUCCACCUAGAUUUGAUCCCACAUAUGGUUACUUUAAUGAUAGAAUAUGUAAAGCUAGAAAUGUUGAUUAUGAGUAUAAACAGAAAUUUGUAACUCCAACAGUGUCAUUUACUCGACCAAGAAGAAAUUUAACUGCACAAAUGAAUGAUAAUUUAAAUCAAGGAAAUUUGUCACAAGUGAUUGAUAAUUUAAAUCAAGAUCGGAACUUGAUACAGAUUGAUAAUUUAAAUCAAGAACGGAAUUUGAUACAAGUGAAUGGAAUUAGUAGAUGUAAUAGUAUUAAUUUCAAUCAAAUCUUGACUAGUAUUAAUGAAAAAUUGUCUAGAAUUGAAUUCAUGUGUAAAAAUAAUCAAGAAGAUAUUUAUGAAUUAAAACAACUCAUCAAAUCAACUCAAACCAAAAAUGUAAUGAAUGAAGGUACGAAAUUAGUAAUAAGGAAACUUAAUCCAUUUGAAAGUGUAGAUGGAAAAAUAAUUAAAAGUGAAGACAUGUGUGGAAAUUCAAAAAAUAACAAAUCAUUAACUAAUAAUACAUUAAUUAAUUUAGUUUCUGAUUUUACAACACAUAAGACUGUAGAUUUUACAAGAGAUAAGAUUGAUACAACACUUAAGACUUUAGAUUUUACAAGGGAUAAGAUUGAUUCAAGGGAUAAGACGGAUUCAAGAGAUGGGAUGGAUGAGAUAUCAGAAUUGAAGAAAUCGAAUGAUUUAUUGGAGAGAUAUAUUCGAAAUGUGAAGAUUGAUGAUUUAUGUUGUCUUGAGAAUAAACUUGAUGUCAUGUCGAGUGACUUUGCCAAGAUUCAUAGUGAGAUUCAGAAUUUUCCCGAUAAGCCAAAGGAUGUUUCAUUAUUGUCUAACCUCGAGAGUAAAUUCAAGAAAAUACUCUCUAAAUUUGACUCGAAUGAUAGUGAAACGUCUUCAAAACAUAAUCAACACAAUGAUGUAGAGACUAUCAAAUCCGUUGAAACCACAAAUUUGCAGGAACCAGUAAAAUCUGUUGAAUCUCCAAAUUUACAGGAACCACUACAAUCUGUUGAAUCUCCAAAUACACUGGAAUCAACUGACCCACCCGAAUUAGACCCCGAUCUACCCAAAUUAGAUUCCAACUCUACUGAAACGGAGCUUAACCCUACUGAAAUGGAACUUAACUCUACUGAAGUUGACAAUAUGAUAAUUAAUCCUAUUGAAAGUAUCACAAGUGAGUCUAAUGACUCAAAUUCAACCAUGUGUAAUAAAUUGAGUGGAUGUGAGAUGAAUAUUUUAAAGGGACUACCAGAUGAGGUUAAAGCUAGUCUCACUGAGGAUGAAGUGAAAUUCCUACAAAACCUCAAAUCACAAAAUUUGGGUAAUUCUAACUUAAUUGAUGUAGUUGGAAUCUCGCUAGAGUCAGAUACCAACUCACUCGAGUCACAUUGGAUAAAGUCACUCGACUUUUAA